AAAAUCAAUAAAUGUACACAACGAAGGUUGAUAAAAAGCAGCAACAUAGUUAAAAUAAAAUGUCUUGCUUAAAACUUCCGUAUGAUAAAAAGUUAUAGAUCUAGAUGAAACAUAGAUCUAAAUCUAAAAUGUCUUAAGUAAUUAAAAUCAAUUAUUUAGAUCGAGAUCUAGAAUUCGCGAAUGAUGAACGCAGAUAACCCUGAGGAGAAAUUACCUUGGAGGAAAACUCAGCUGCUUGGUCAAGGUGCCUUUGGCUGCAUACAUUUAUGGGAGAAUGUUGAGACAAAAGAAAAACUGGCAAUCAAGACAUGUAAGCAUAAAGAAGAGAUGUCUGAUAAAACAUGGGAACGCUGGAAGAUGGAGGUGUACAUCAUGGGAAAGCUGAAGCAUGAAAAUGUUGUUCGGGCUGUUGAUCUUCCAGAAAAGCUGAGCCCUCAAAGUGGUCAGCCACCAGCAUUAGCCAUGGAGUACUGUGAAGGUGGAGACUUAAGAAAGGUUCUAAACCGGCCUGAUAAUUGUUGUGGACUGAAAGAAAAUGAGAUACGCCAACUUUUAACUGGGGUAGGCAGCGCCAUUGAAUAUCUACACAGCAAUCGAAUCAUCCAUCGAGAUCUAAAACCAGAAAAUAUAGUCUUAAAAUGUUUGGAUGAGAACAAGAUAUUAUAUAAAAUAAUAGACCUGGGUUAUGCUAAAGAACUUGAUUUGAGCAGUAUCUGUAACUCAUAUGUUGGAACCAUGCAGUACUUGGCUCCAGAGUUGUUUGUUACUAAACCUUACUCCAAGACAGUUGAUUACUGGUCAUUUGGAUGCUUGGUUUUUGAGUGCAUUGCUGGAUUUAGACCAUUUUUACCAACAUUACCACCAGUUGAAUGGCACAAUGUUGUCUGUAAAAAAUCACCUGAUGAUAUCAAUGCCCAGUAUGAUGAAAAUAAAGAAAUAAAAUUUUCAAAGAAGCUCCCUCCUAAUAACCAGUUGUGCAGACCACUCCAGAACUACCUAGAACAGUGGCUGAGACUUAUGCUUAGAUGGGAUCCCAAAGCCAGAGGAGGAGGAAUAGUACAGGCACAAGGGAUAGAGAGGCCAAAGUGUUUUUGUGUGUUAGAACAAAUUAUGGCAAUCAAGAUUUUGCACAUUCUGUAUGUGGAAAUGAACAGUAUUCUGUCUUUCAAUGUAAAUGAAACACACACAAUGAAAGAAGUUCAUGCAGCCAUUGAGCUAGAGACUGGGAUACCACCUCAACAACAGUACAUUAUAUUAGCCAAUGGUGUCAAGCUGGAGCCCACAGACACAGCUCUUCAGGGCUGUUCAGAUCCAAAUACAGAGGAGGUAAUUGUCUUUUUGUUUCGGCGAGGAAAUCUCCAAUAUCAAGCUAAAAAUAAAAAACUACCACAGCAGGUACAAGCUAUAGCUAAAGAACCAAGUACCCUUCUUCCUCCUAAGGACCAUCGUAAAGCGUGGGCACAUGCUGUCCACUGGUGUGCAGUAACAAACAGAGACUAUAAAAGGAUAAUUCUAAGUCACAGGGCAGCUCUGUUGAGCCUCCUACGUAGCAACAGUUUAGUCUCUAAACAAAAGUGGCAGAUGACGAGUGAGAUGGGUAAGCUUAUGGCCUGCAAGGAUCACUUUCAAACCAGUUUGGACUUUGAUCUCCAAAAGUGUAAAGAAAACAUUGAGAAUGAUAAAGCUAAUGUCUGGAGAAGUAAAAUGUAUGAGGUGUGGACACACAUGGCCAGCCAGUUGAAUGAAAUAAAUAACCUACAAGACAGAGUAAAUAGUAUAGACAGCAAAGCUACUGCCAUCACAACAGAAAUUGUGGAGCUGCAACGAAGCCCCAGUGGGAAACCAAAACAAAAUAACGACCUGGAUGAAUUUGAAACUGGAUCCAAAAAACUGUAUUCAGAGUUGAUUCGUGCCACUCAAGGUGCUGCAGGAGAUGGAAGUCAUGAAAUGAUGGAUCAUUACCCCAUGGUGGAUCUGGUUGGCAGAUGUUUGGUCAAAAGGGAGGAGCAGACCAAAUUAUUAUUUAAACAUCUGAGCAAAGUUUUAGACUGUCAGUUGAAACUAGAACCUAUCCUACCAGACCUGGACAAUGCCUGUAGUGAGAUUGCAGCUGCUUCUCAGCAACUCAAGACUAUGCAGUUGCAGAGACAGACUGAUAUGUGGAAUGUAUUUCACUGGAUGUGUGGAAAUGGAAAAGAUCCAGCCAAUGACUUCCCACCGCUGCCAUCAAACAUCUUGUACACUUCUUACAGCUCCAACCUUGAAUCUAUUCAACUCAUGGAUGAUUUUAAAACUAACGCACUGAGGCUGCAAGAUGUGGUAGAGACAAUGCUAAGAGAACAAGAGGAACAUAUCACUUCACUGGAAAAUUGAUGUAUCUGGCCAGUAUUGUCUGGAUUGAGUGUUGAUUUAGAUAUUGCUGAUUAGGGGUCAUCCAUUUAAGUUGCCCACACAAAAUAUGAGUCCUCUCAAAACUUAUUUCCAAUUCACUAACUCAAUAACACCCAAUGUGUUUGUGUACUUUACAGUAUAAUAUAUGGUGAAUUAUUCUUUUUGGUAAUGUCGGUUACUGAGUAUUAAAGACUGAAUCUAUAAUGUGAAAAUCUAGAAAAAUGUUUUACAAAUUUUAACCUAUGGUGAGCUUUUAUUUUAUAGUAAGGAUUUUUAUUUUCAAAUUUAAUAUUUUAAAACUGCAAACCUAUAUAAGCAUUUAUUUUUUAUUAUUUUUAUUUCUAAAUCAAGGAACAGCUGGUGCAGGUAUUAAAUACAUUAUUAUUCUAUCAAAGUAAAGUUCCUAAUAAGUUGUAAGGCCACAUUGAGUUCCUAACCUCUAUUUCUUUUUCUGCAUUAGUACGGCAAGGUAAACAUGAGAGGUUUAAAGCAGGCACUGUGAAUGAAUAGUUCUGCGAGGUACUAAUUUUAUAAAUAUACAUACUGUGAUGUAAUUACCUGGUGAGUUGUUUAACAUAAGUUUUAACAUAUGUUUUGUAUGCAAGAUACAAGACUUUUUUCUUGUUAUAACCUGUCAGUAUAUUGGUGUUAAAUGCAACAUGUCCUUAAACACACACACCCCACCCAGUCCAUAUGCAUUUACAUAAGUCGACUUUUGUCCGACGCCCACCCCUCCAUGUGGACUACAAUGGAUGACUCCUUUUUUUAUUAACUAUUUGUAAGCCUUUAGUGCUGUAGUCAAAUUCAAUGUGAGAGUGAAGUUAGUUUGGUUUUUAUCAGCCGGGUGAAGGUAGCUUUAGCAUGUAGAUAUUUGUUACUCUGUGUAUGAGUGUGUUGUCAGUCAAUGUGCUAAAGUAUGUCUUGUAACAAGGAAUAUUAAAAAGGGUCCAUACUUAUUAAAAUGACGUCAUGUUUUUAAAAAUGAUUUUUUUUACCUCCCAUUAUCACUCAUCAUCACAAAAUGGACAAACCCACUAAAAUAACGGCACACCUCAGUAUCACUUUCUUGGCAUUGCUAUUUUUGUGUGUUUUAAAACAACAAUUUCUUUCUAAAAUAUUUAUUGAGCUCAGUCAACAUGGAGUAUGUCGAUCAAUUUUUACUACAAUUUACAAAAAAGUCUUAUAUAAAAUGAAAAUGUAAAAGCUAAAAUUUAGUUUCCAACAUUACUUUCAAAAAUCCAAGUGUUUCCUCACUUUCUGAACACCUCCCCCUUAUUCUUCAUCACACAAUUCUCACAAUAGCACAAACUCUCCCCUUAUUUAAUUUAUGAAUGACCCCCCCCCCCCCCCCCCUUAAUUGCUUCCUUUUAAAAUGUUACCAUGCAUUUUAAAUUAGUCAUUAUUUAACUAAUUAUACAAACUCAUAGAAUUUUAUUGUCUGAAAAAGCUUGUGUGAGUACUAUUAUAUGUUGUUUUGUUAUUUUAUCUUUAGCUAUUCAGUUCAUUUCACAGAAUGUUCAUAACAUCCUCUUCUCACUUUACAAUUAUUUAUACUUAUAAUUUUUCACUAUAAUCAUAUGUAUAAAAAAGAAAAUUAAACACAAUUAAAUUCUAU